AUGGCGGAGGAGCUCCAGCACCCUGUGAGCCCGAGCUCGUUCUUGAACUCUCGCGCACAGAAUGAGAGGCAGAGGCUGCAGAUAAAUUUCAGAGAAAGGUUGGCAGAAUGGAAGACGGAGGAAGCGGCAGGUACGCCUCGCCCCAACAAGAUCGCAGCUGCUUUCCUCAACAAGCUGCAAAACGCAUCGAGGCUGGGGGAUGAGAACGACAUCAAAGAGGUUCUACACCGCAUCGUUUCAAAGCGGAGUGAGACCCAACAGCUCAUCGAAAAGUUGAAGCAAGACAUGAACAGACGGUCGAGAGCCAAGGAGCACCAGCUACCUGAGAGCCCAUCUCAGGCUGACCUGUACGAGAAAGCCCAGCACAUUCAAACGGCAAGCAUCGAUGUCGACGAUGUCGGGCUGUACUCCAACGUUGAAGACAAAGAGCUCAAGUGGCCGAAUGCGCGAGAGAGGAUCCUUGUGUUCGAUGACAUCAUCAAGUCUCAAGCAAGCUCUGCUGGCGUCCCUUCCCCUGAUCUCCACCUCCUCAAGGACGACCGUUUGCUGCCCGUCAUGAAGCUCGAAGAUGAAGUUCCAGUCGUGAAAGUUGUUGCUGUUGUAGCCGUUGCGGUCGUGGAGUCGGAGGUUCAGUCGCGUCUAGUGGGAGGAGGAGGAUCGCAGAAUGAUGACGUCAUCGCCCAAGAGGUAGCUGAGGAGGAGGAGAAAAAGGAGGAGGAGGAGGAGGACGAGGACGAGGACGAGGAGGAGGACGAGGAGGACGAGGACGAGGACGAGGACGAGGACGAGGACGAGGACGAGGACGAGGACGAGGACGAGGACGAGGACGAGGACGAGGAGGAGAUGUGGUACCAUGCAUUGAUGGUGAUGGUUGACAUCAAACAGAAGACCCGCAAAAGAAUGAGAUUCUCCUCUCUUUCUCCUUCUUCUUCGCACGUGCUGUGA